AUCUCUUUCUCUCCUAUUUUCAGAUAUUGAAAUCUCUUGAAGAAGCUUUUUGGGCGAUGUCGAAGAUGAGAUCUUACCUGAAACCACCUCUUCCCAAAUCUCCGAUCCGUCUCCGAUCACGUCAAGUCCUUCACUCAUCUCUCCAAACACCAUCACCAGGUUUUCAGAAGUCGGGACGGCGAUUGAGUGACGUAGAUCUAAACCCUAAACCCCAAUUUGAAUACUCAUCAAUCUCUAGCGAGAUACAUGCUUUAGCAAAGAUGGUGAAAGACGAGUUUGCGGAAGAAGAGAACCGGAAAAAGUCGAGAGAUGCGGGUUUUGGUUCGAAUUUGGAGAGUUUGGCGACGAAUUCUGUUCCGGUUUUCGAAAGAGGGAGGUUUUACGAGGAGUAUUCGGCUAAGAGGAAUGAACGAUUGAGGAGGAAGAAAGGAGAAGAAGCUGUGGAAGGAGGAGUUGUGAAAGGAACUCCUUAUAAUCUUGGAGUGAAUCAUGAACCGAUGACGAAUAAGCGAAGAGGAACUGCGAAGAAGGAGAGCAUUAAGAAGACAGUGGUAUCGAUGGUUGAGACUAGUAUACCGAGGUAUUCGUUGAGGAGUAUGACCAAGGAGAAUAGGAAGCCGCCGAUUCCGCUUAACGUUGCUGUAAGUGCGAUGAAGACUGUUACUACUCGAAGAGGUAGGAGAAUCUGAAACUGAGGUGAUGUUGCUUUGGUGUGUGUUGUAAGGAAUUGAAAGGGAUUUGGUUUCUUGAACUUAUUUUGGUAUUGUUUUGCUUGUGGAUUUCGAUUAAAUCCGCGGAUUUUCUUUAGGGGAUGUUUUUGUUUUCUUGAUUACUGAUACAUUGAGAUAAGCUUUAUCAGUUAUCUACAGAAUGUUUUUUUCUUCAUCAAAUCUUCCCCUUGAUUUACUUCUACAAAGAAUUGAGUAGAUUAAUGCCUCUUGUUUUGAAAUGGGUUUACGUUUACACACUCAUCAUUAUAGAUAAUUGGGUUUGUAGAAAUGGAACAGAGUCCUAGAGAAUUUACCAAAUGAAGUUGGUUACAAUGGAGAUUAAGCCUCUAGAUUGUGUUAGAUAAAGUGUGAGAGGAGAGGGAUUAAAACCUCUUUUUUUGA